GAUGAGGGCGAAACUGACAACGAGGACGUGCCAGGAGAUGUUGCCCAUGACCAUGUGCAAUCUUCCAUGCACUGUUGCAUCGAAGCUGCAGAGGAAGCCUGCAAAACAGCCUUUGCCGAAACGUGCUCGUAUGCGUGCUGCUGCUGCGACCGCAGACUGUUUAAGCAUUCGGUUGUGGAGGUCACGGACAGCUUGUACAACACCCUCUGUGAGCCAUGGGCAACAAAUGUUGCAGGAUGGGUUACGCGUGGUGGCUCGGGGCAUAUAUGCCAUACGUGCUUAGGCAGCAUCCGUAGGAAUCGCUGCCCACGGUUUUCAGUUGACAACGGGCUUGGAUUCCCAGACAUUCCUGACGAGCUUCAAGGCAUCCCUGAGCUGUCAGAGAGGCUCAUUGCCAGGCGUGUACCCUUCCUGCAGUUGCGAAGGCUUCCAGCUGGGCAACAGCAUGGCCUACGAGGUAGGAUUUGCUUCAU